AUGACCUUAAAUCUUAAACGAUAUAAUAGAUAUGAUAUUGAACAAGAUUCAGCUGACUUGUUUACAAAAAUAAGAGAAGAGUUAGGAACAACUAAUCCAGCAGAAAAUCUUUAUGAAGAUUU